AUGAAAGUAUGGGAGAAGGUAAUAGAGAGAAGAUUGCGAGAAGAGAGUGAAAUUACCCAAAAUCAGUUUGGGUUUAUGUCAGGUCGAGGGACAAUGGACGCUAUUUUUGCACUCUGCCAAUUGUGCGAGAAGUACAGACGUGCUCACAAGAACCUGCACAUGGUGUUCAUUGAUCUCGAUAAAUCCUAUGAUAGGGUGCUUCGUGAAGUGUUAUGGUGGGCAUUGAAAGAGAAAGGUUUGCCUGAGAAGUAUGUGGAGUUAGUCAAGCUAUGUACAGGGGAUCCUGUACCUACGUCCGAUCGUCUGCCGGCAACACCGACCAGUUCAGUGUGGCUGUAG